AUGAUUGCUAAUAACAUGAAAGCAUAUACUAUUGGAAAAAAUUUAGUCAAACCUGCGUUUAAGGAAAUAAUGCGAAUAAUGGUUGGCGAUGAAAUAGAUAAGAUACCCAUGUCUAAUGACACUAUUACUCGUGGUAUAAAUGAUAUUAUGUCUGUAGAUAUAAAAAAACACACCGUAGAAAUGAUGAGACUUUCUCGGUUCACACUUCAAGUUGACGAUUUAACUGUUGGAUGA